CUUUGGGAUAGGCUCCAGCGCGCCCUUGUGAGGAUGAAGAGGUUUUGAAAAUGGAUGGAUCUGAUUAUCCAUCCAUGGUGUUGUUUCUGCCCUUGUUGUUGUUGCCACGACAACUUGUGGUCUGUCAACUCCAGAAAACUGAAACAUGCACCGUUACCCUGUGCAAACCCACCACUGGCCAAAUCAACCAUAUAACACACACGCACACCCGAGUGCGUGCGUGUUUGAGAGAAAGAGAGCGAGUCAAUGUUGGAUGGAAGUUAUAACCCUGUUACCUUGGCAACAGAAGGACGUUGCCCUUGGUUGACCUUGGUGUGUAAUUUGUGUGCUUUGUGUGAGAGUCAAAGAUGACAAAAGUCACGCUCACACCCUUUGAGACCAUUGGGGUCAAAGGUCGUUGCACAAAACAGUUUAAGCAUCUUUGAAAAUGGCAGCCUGUACCCACGCACGCACACGCACGCACGCCUUUUUCAUUGGUGCCACAAAUCAUGCAUGCAAGCGAGGCCCAAGCUGUGUUUCUUCCCCAUUCCCUCCUUCACCCCCACCCAUGUGAGUGCGUGUGUGCGCGACCCCCCCCCCCCCCCCCACACACACACACACACACACACGCACACACACUUGAGUGCUGCCUUUUGGCGUGAGCGCUCAGGAAUGCUCUCCACUCUCUUCCUCAAACAUGCACGCGCCCUGGUUGUGAAAACAAAGAGUGGCAGGAGGUGAAGAAGAGGUGGGAGGAGGAGGAGCAGGAGGAGAACCUAAGCGAUGCAUUUUAGUUGAGAACAGUUUGUAUUUCUAAGCAGAGUGUAAAUGUUCAGACUGUGCUUAAUGUUGCAGUGGCAGGCAAUAACAUAUUUUUUCUUUUUUGGAAACAUCUGCUUCACUAUGCUGCAUGGCAACUUUGAGAGCAAAACGUCUUGGCGGGACGAGACGACUCAAACGUCACAGGAGAAACUGCACAAGUUGAUCAACUGCUGCAGGUUCUUGGAUUUAAUUGCCAGGGCGACAGGAGCCGCAUCGGCAAUACCAACCGCUUCGGGAUGGUCCGUGGUCGUCGAACACGCGCAGGACGGAGGAGACAUCGAGACCAUCACCUUUAAGAAUUUCUAUACGGCCCUGGUCAGCGUGAGGCUGCGGAGGCGGAGCCCUGGCCGGGAGGGGGGGGGGGGCGAGUGGUGCACGGCCCUCAGGGACCGCCCCCUCAUGACCAACCCGCACGCGGAAAGCGGCGCACAGGACUACUGCAGCAUCGACAGGAAGCAGAUGCGAGUGGAGCCGGAUGACGUGUCGUCCGUACGGCUGGUCCUCAAGCAGCCAUCGUGCGCCUGGCUGACCUUUGGCGUGGAGGACGUGCUCCUCUUCCCUCGCGCCCAGCCCGAGCCCGUCGGCGAGCUCUCUGAUUGGCUGUCGGCUCUGAACCUGGUUGAGCAACGGCUGCCUACGCAGGGCUCGCUGGAUGCUGCGUCCGUGUCGUGCCGUCUGCAGCCGAUGUGGGCCUUGAGUGAAGUCACCACGCGGAGCAGUCGGAGCCACACCGCCCCCGUCGGACGCUUUGAUGUGGACGGCAGUUAUGAUAUAAAUUUAUUAUCCCUGACCUAAAACACAAUUUUGGAUGUGGAGCUCAUGUUUGAUGUACUGGAUGUGUCCUUUUGCCCAAUGGCAAUAAAAUACAAAGACAACCAAA